AUGAAGGAGCUGAUAUCUGGGAAAGUAGCUGAGGAGGAAAACGUGUAUGCUAGCGCUGUGCUGCAAGAACAAGGUGAUAAAGAAGAGGAGCGAUCCAGGAAGAUUUGUCUUGUCAGUGCAGAUUGCGGAUUUUGUGUCCUUGAGCUCGACGAAGAACCUAAAGAUCCACUGAUAUUAGGGCGAAACUUCCUAUGCACAGCUGGUGCAAUCAUUGAUGUGAAGGGAGGAAUCAUUGAUCUCCAUCUGGGAGAUAUCGUCAUGAGGUUCGAAAUGAACAAACUCCUCAAGAAGCCAAUGUUAGAUGGGCAAACCUAUGUGAUUGAAGAUGGCUCAAACUUGGUGGACGAAGUGAGUGAGGAGAUGCUUCUUGACGACCCUCUGGAGGUAGCUUUGACUAAAGCCGAAGGAGAGUAUGAUUUCUGA